CAUCGGCAUGAGAGAAUUUAAUCUUUGCUUGUCGUUUGCAAAAGUGAUGAUGAUUUUGUAUAACUUAUCAACAACCACGAAUGACUAUGCAGUUUUGUCCGAGACCGGCGGUGAUUUGGCAGUAUCAUGUCAAUUUCGUCAGUUUGACGAAUAGCUAACGCAAAACGGAACUUUGUUGACUGAACGCAUACCUACGACACGGGUUUUGCAUCAAUGAACAUAAUAGUGAGAUGUGUACAUUCGAACCGUAACUAUCGCUGACAGGUAGUGUGGCAGUUCGAGGGCAGUCAAUGUUGUGCGUUGACCACUUCGCGCUGUAGUAAUUGUGGCUUUGCUGGUCAUGUCAGUGAAUUUCCUUAAUCGAUCAGCCACUUGAACUUGCCAUUGAAUGUUACAAAUGGUUUCGUUUUUCCUCGCUAGUGUGUCUGUGAGUUUCUCGUGCAAUAUAUUCUAACUUCACGUAGGACAUUAGGCUGUAUUUCGGUGUUCGUUGCUGCGGCUGCUUUCAUUAGCUAAAGUUAGUUAAUGCUUACGUCUGGCUGUACGGUAUAGAUUACGUAAACAAUGAACGCUGCACUUGCCAUCGUGAUGGUCUUCGUGGGAUGCUGCAGUAAUGUGGUAUUCCUGGAGCUGCUUGUCAAAAUCGAUCCUGGAUCGGGCAAUCUGAUCACCUUUCUGCAGUUCCUGUUCAUCUCACUCGAAGGGUUCCUGUUCACAUCGAAAUGUGGCACCGUGAAACCGCGGAUUGGUCUGAAAGAUUACACCAUUCUGGUAGUAAUGUUCUUCGUGACCAGCGUGUGCAACAACUAUGCGUUUGAUUUCAACAUCCCGAUGCCGCUGCACAUGAUCUUCCGGGCGGGAUCGCUAAUUGCCAAUAUGAUCAUGGGAAUCAUUAUACUGCGGAAGCGCUAUGCAUUUUCCAAGUACCUCUCAGUGGGAAUGAUCACGUUGGGAAUUAUGAUCUGUACGAUUGUUUCCGGUAAGGAUGUCAAAAGCACCCAAGUCAACGAGACGGUCGAGGAAGAUCCGAUGACGGUGUUUUUCUGGUGGACGCUUGGAAUUUCGCUGCUGACGCUGGCACUAUUCGUGUCCGCCAGAAUGGGACUUUACCAGGAGGUGCUAUACAAGCGCUACGGAAAACAUCCGAAGGAGGCUCUAUUCUAUACACACUUACUACCGCUGCCAUUUUUCCUUCUCCUCACUGGAAAUAUCUGGGAACAUAUUAAACUAGCCAACGCAAGUCCGCUGUACGACGUACCGGUGCUCAAUAUCGCAGUUCCCAUCACCUGGCUGUACCUGCUGGGAAAUGUCCUGACUCAGUACGUGUGCAUCAGUUCGGUGUACGUGCUGACCACGGAAUGCUCCUCACUGACGGUGACCCUUGUCGUCACAUUGAGAAAGUUUGUCUCGUUGCUGUUCUCUAUUGUUUACUUUAGUAAUCCAUUUACCGUUUAUCACUGGACUGGAACGAUUCUAGUCUUCACCGGUACCAUUAUUUUCACCGAAGUGAUCGACAAAGUUCGGUUAGCGAUGACCACGCAACAGGCACCAGCCUUGGAAAAGAAGGCGAACUAAGCCUAGGAUGUGGGAAGUUACCAGUAGAUACUAUUUAUUGAAAUGCAGGUCAUUGGUUUCACUAAUUCUGCUCAAAUGUCACAAUGAUUAAUAAGGAACAGCCGAAUAGGUAGAUGUCUAGGAUGUAAUUAGUUCUUUUUUACAGUUUUCACUGUUAUUUAAAUCCUAUUUAAGCUAGCUUUUUGACGCAAUCAAGUUUUUUAAAUUUUGAUUAAGCUAAUAGUUUUAACGAUGAACAAAACUGCUGCUGCAGCGUUUUUCACAAUAUCAUAGUGAAAAUAGUAUAUCCUAGGCAUCAACUACGGUUUCGUCCAACAAAGCACUAGAACAGAACCAAUUGUAAACGCGCGUUUUUUAUAUGAAAUAAACGUUUUCAAUUAAUA